AUGGAGCCUACCUUUCUGGUGUUCAUAACAGCUUGCUCCAAAGUCAAUAACUUUGAAAGAGAUGGGGCCCUUUUGAUACUGGUGUUCUGGCUCAGACAAGUGGUUUAUGACCCCAGGAGAAGCCUAACUAGUCCUUCACUGCAAACCUCUUUCCCUGGACAGGAAAAUCAAACUAAUAAUCGGGUGCUGGCCUCUGAGAACAAAACUUCAGGAAGACUUUUCCACUCUAGCAUUAAAACCCAAGAUCCCAAGCCCCAGGAUAAGUCUCCAAGGAAGCACAAGGUGCCUUUGACAGCAGCAGAGGCCCUAACAUGUUAUAAGAAACAGCUGUCUCUUUACGAGCAAAGUGAAAUCUUGGGGUACGCAGAGCUGUGGUUUCUGGGACUGGAGGCUGAGAAGCUGAAUGUGGACCCUGAGAAAUUCAGCAAGACAAGUUUUGAUGAUGAACAUGGCUCCUACAUCAAGGUCCUGCACGACCACAUUGCCUACCGCUAUGAAGUUCUGGAGAUGAUUGGGAAGGGGUCCUUUGGACAGGUGGCCAAGUGCUUGGAUCACAAAAACAAUGAGUUGGUAGCCCUGAAAAUCAUCAGGAACAAGAAAAGAUUUCAGCACCAGGCCCUGAUGGAGUUGAAGAUCCUGGAUGCUCUUGGAAGGAAGGACAAAGACAACACCUACAACGUGGUACACAUGAAGGACUUUUCUACUUCCGAGGUGAACCACCCCUGCAUCACCUUCGAACUCUUGGGAAUCAACUUGUACGAGUUGAUGAAGAACAACAGCUUCCAGGGCUUCAGUCUGUCACUGGUUUGGCGCUUCACCCUCUGUGUUUUGAAGUGCCUACAGAUGCUUUACGCAGAGAAGAUCAUUCACUGUGAUCUCAAGCCGGUGAGUACCCACUGUCCUGCCCAGGCCAGGUGCUCCCCAUGCCCUUGGGGCCCAGGACAGCCAGCAGGGCCAGGGCGGGAGCCACGAAGUCCUGUUCCAGGCUGUGGGAGUACAGGGAGACUUAAUGGUAUGGAUGAGCUCAGCCUGGCCAUUGUGUCCACCCUUUCUGCCGAUGGGAUGGAGGUUGGGAGGGUGUACGGCAGCUUCCUGUCCCUGUAA